AUGCCUAUCGGAGACCUCCUCGCCCAAAUAAGUGGCGAUAAGUCACAGAGCACGUCGCCUGCUCCAUCGAGGUUAGCCCUCCCGCCCCCGAAACGGAAAGCCGACGACGACCUUCGCAGCACUGUCUCGAACAAACUCCCACGAAUAAGUACGAAUGGUGCCAGCUCCUCUGCAACCCCCAAAUCGGCAGAUCCUCAGAAACCCGCACGGCCUGCGGACAAGUCUUCGACCACAACCACCGGCUAUCGAGGCAGUGCUGGACGGCCAUCCGAUCGAUCCACGUCUGCGCCUAGGCCUAUUGGAAAUGGCACAACUUCCGUAAAGUCCAGCUCUUCCGGUGCCAGGCCGGUGAAUGGUUUGGGUACGUCGAGGGUGACAUCGACACUCCCCAGUCGACCAUCCCCAUCAGCCCCCGCCGCACCGAAAGGUGCGCCGCCAAAAAAGGGCUCCUUCGCCGAGAUCAUGGCGAGGGCUCAACAGGCCCAGACCAAGCUGGGCCAGGUAGGCAAGAUCCAGCACAAGCCGGUGGAGAAAGUGUUCACAAAAAAGGAGCGGGAGGAGAUGAAAAAGGAUUUCAAGAAGGAUCCCAAGAGUACAUUGAGGACAGCAUCGAAAUUCCAAGGUACCUCGAGACCAUCUUCGGCCCCCGCUUCACGUAAUGGGGCGGGUGCGAACGGAUCAAGCGCCAGCCGUAACGGAACCGCCGACAGAUCGAGAGACCCUAGGGUCGGCGUAAAGGCACGCGCGGCCGCUGCUGAGGAAGAGCAGCAAAAGAAGCUCAAGAAGGCCGCCGUCGCUACCACAGGAUACACGGGCACCGCCCGCCCGAGACCCGGAGCGGCCUCUGCAAAGAAGAAGCCAGCACCCGGUGGCGCCCUCCUCAACUCGCGCCCUACCGCACGCUAUGGCGGCUCUGCAAAACGUUCACGUUAUGACGACGAAGAGGAAGAGGAAUUCGACGACUUCAUCGAGUACGACGAGGACGAGGAGGACGACCGCGGUCCUCGUUACACCUACGACUCUGACGGAUCUUCAGACAUGGAGGCUGGCAUGGACGACGUCUGGAACGAGGAAGCGGCGGCUGAGCGCCAGGCCCGGCGGGAGGAUAUCGAACAGGAGCGGCUAGAGAAGCGUCUCAAGGCCGAAAAGGAGGAGCGCAAGCGCAGAUUCUACGAGGAACAGAGACGGCGCUAG